AUGAACGAACGCACCGGACUCGACUAUAUCAAGGCCAUCAUCCCGUGUCUCGAUUAUACCAUUGACCUGAAACGUUCGAAGGCCCGGCUCGUACUCCAGAGAGCGUUGACGGCUACUUCUGAGAUUUCCCGAAAAUGGUGCACGCGCUUUCUGCUCGUGCUCGCCAAUAUUCCGGAGGUCGAUUUCAGCAGUUGGGGCGUGAAACUGAUGUUGGCACAGCUUGGGGAUGCUUCGCCAAAAGUUGUCCGCCAUGCCAUCAGGAUUAUUCUACAGAAUGCGCAGAACUUUGGCCAAGCCCUCGGUCUCCUCCGCUCACCCCUACUCGACACCUUCGGUGAUGCGGGAAUACUCCUAAAAGCCGCCCUCGCCGGCCAAGAGUCCUUCUGCACCAAUCGACAGGAGAUGUGCACGCAGAUUCGCUUCUGGUUGCAGUCAUUCUCACUACGGUACGCUGAGAUGGUGGAGGAGGAGAUGCGGAUUGCGUUGCUCGGUGUUAGGCGGAAUAUUACUGGGGAAUUCGCGCGGCCGACUUCUGAUCGCUUUGAACGCUACGGUGUCCGUGCGCAACCACAUCUUUUUGGCGAAUUGGCAGGGCAUGAUUUAGGCAAGGAACUCCUUCAAGGCGAAGCCGUGGUUGAGCAGCUACUCGAAGGGCUAACCGACGACACCGUGCUGGUCGUCAAGGCUUCAUUGUUAGGCCUUGGUCACAUCGGGUCCAGAGCACCCGAAAUUCUACCCCUCGAAACCGUUCCUCUAAUCGUCCGACUCGCCGAGCAAUCCGAGGUGCUCUCCGUACGUGGCACUGCUCUUUACGCGCUGUGUAUGAUCGGCGGGGCGAAGGAGGGCGCUCGUUCGAUCGCGAGACUCGGAUGGGAGAGCACGAGGCAUAAAAAUGUGGUCAACGAGGUACGAUUCGAGGAGAAAACACCAGCUCCAAGGCCAACCAUUAAUUACGAGCCGACUACGUUUCGUGUCGAGCGGAGACCAUCACUGCUCUACGUCGAUUAUUCCCCUUGUCCUUCUCCAUCUCCAUCAAGACCCAGAUCUCGAUCCCUGGCUUCCAUCGACGGGACCGGGCCAUUUUUUUCGAAAAAGCGGCAAAGUGCCCCGGCUUUUGCCAUCGAGGCUGCGUUGGAGCCGAGGAGUUUGAGCCCUGCCGGCUACCUAUCCCCUCGAGGAGAUCGAUCGCUAACAAUCGAAAGUAUGGCAGGACAUCACGGGUCCUCGAAUUGUGAAGAUAGAAGGCAUAGGGCCCUCUCGAGAGCAACACUCGAAGAAGGGGACGAUCUCCUCAGUCGAACCUCGACGAUUAUCACCGCCUGCAGUCAUCUACAGCCGAAAAGCAAGCUUGAGCAGGAGAUGGAGCGAUUGCUUCUCGCAGCCCCGCAGAGCGACCACUUUUCUUGUCGAGCUCGAGCCAGAUGGCGACUGCGAGCCCCCCGGCUCCGCCAAUGCAUCCAGGUCUUCAAGACAGUCGGCCAUCCCGUACGCUACAAUCUGAUGACCCGGGAACAGCUCUUCGAAUUGGGCCACUUUGAAGCGGAAGCGUUUGGGGAUGAUUGUGUCCAAAAGGAGUUAGAACUAUGCUUCGAGGAUCCGCCACCGACCUACAGCCCUUUGCCUUUUAUUUCUUUGCCAGUGGAAGUCGAUCUGAUCGCUAGGAACAUCUUCAACUUCAACCUCGAAAUCCUGGACGACACCGUGGAGGAUCGUGGCGCCAAAAGUGGCUACGGCAGGCUCCGACUUGAUCAAGUGAAAGGCCACGACCGGCUCCGCUGCUUCUACUGCUCAAUCCCGGAGUCGAAAAAACCUCCCUUCCAACCGGGACCCGACUCGGCAGCGCUUCGACUCGAAGUUCUGCAACUUAUCGAUUUUCUGGAGGUGAAACGGGUCGUGCCGGAAAAUAAACUUCUCAACUUGAGAAAACAGCACUCCUGGCUGUUCACUUGGCCCUGUUUGUAUGCGGAUGUUUUGGAGAUGUUGGAUCAAUACAGGUUUAAGGUCCGCUCACGGGUAUUCCUGCAAGAAAUCUUCUACGAGGCCAUGAAAUUGUUGCGC